AUCAUCACGGAACUCAACGCAUCGGGGUGAUUCGCUUUUCAAUUGCGAUUCGUUACGAUCGUUCUCCAGUCGCGAAUCCGUCAUCGCGAUGAUGAGUACGACAAGCUCGCUGUCGUCGCCAUUGCCGUCUCGCUGUGACUAUCAUCGACAUGGAUGAUCCAAAAUCGGCUAACGAAGUUAGGAUGGAUAUGGAACUGGUAACCCAAGCGUCGUUCAGCUCGCUGCAGAAGGAAGACGACGGACGCAUCAUCUCUUCCGAUAGCUUUGACGAGUGGACGUGGUCUGGUCUGCGGAAACAAUUCAGGUACAAGAACUUGGAAAAGCUGUACACAAUCUAUCACAGAAGAAUACAAUAUGGUUAUCUCUCGAUAUUCAUCUUGCUACAACUGCUACUUGGAUUUGCGUAUUGCUUGUCUCUGAUCAUAACGGUCGGCAUGAGGGAAUGCUUGUUGGAAAUCGUAGUCUAUUGCAUCGUGGGCGCUCUGAUGUGCCCUAUGAUCGCCUUAUCAUUCCGGUCGAGGCACAUCGCCAAAAACACCUAUUUGCCGAUCAUGCUGUCUUGGAUGAUCAUUGUGCUUUUGGUCGUUUGUGAUCUGACCAUACCUUUAUUUUACGUUUUCACUUACGCCGAGGAUAUUCCACCGAUAAGACCGGCAUACGCGACGCACUCGCUUCUCGCAUGCUACGUGUUCCUGCCGAUCACAAAGAAUUCGCACGCUCUCGUGCUCGGCCUUACGGCCAGCAUGUGUUACUUGGCGACCCUGUCAAUAAUCACCUACAACAACACGUCCGAUUACAUUACCAAGAUCGUCAGCGAUGCGAUAUACUUCAUGUGCGUGAACGCUCUGGGACUCUACUUCAGGUUCAUGAACGAGGUCGUCAUCAGACGCUCCUUCCUGGACCGCCGGAAAUGCGUCGAGUCGACGCUCAGGCUCAAUUACGAGAAGGAUCAAGAAGAGCAACUGACACGAAGUAUAUUGCCACAGCACAUAGUGGCGAAAAUAAAAAAGGACUUUCGGGAUAUUUUCAAAUUCAUAGAGGAGCACAAAAAGAGUCCUCCGCCAAAAGACAGACCAUAUUGGUACGAAGUUUCCACAGCAAGUACUAUGCUCUCUUUCGAUUCGAUUGUUAUACUCCAACUAUUCUCUUUCAGCGAUUUAUGCGUGGAGACGCACGAUAACGUGAGUAUUCUGUACGCGGACGUAGUGAACUUCUCCGGGUUGACUGUAACGCUGCCGAUACGGAAACUCGUGGAGACGUUGAACGAUCUAUUCGGCAGUUUCGACGAAGCAUCCGAGAGGCACAAUGUACUGAGAAUCAAAUUUUUGGGCGACUGUUAUUACUGCGUGAGCGGCGUGCCCACGCCGAACUCUCAGCAUGCCAAGAGCUGCGUCGAUCUUGGCCUCGAUAUGAUAAAAAUAAUCAACGAAGUGAGGACGCGAGUCUAUCGCGAGAGCGGGGUGGACGUGAAUAUGAGAAUUGGCGUGCACUCAGGCAACAUAAUAUCCGGAAUCCUGGGCACGAACAAAUGGCAAUACGACGUUUGGUCGCGCGACGUGGUGAUAGCGAACAAAAUGGAACAGACUGGGAAACCUGGCAAGGUUCACGUUACUCAGCAAACGCUGGAUCUCGUGAACGCGAGCGACUAUAACUACAUCCCCGUCGAAAGAUUGGAUGACGAGGUCCUUCGAAAAUAUGAAAUCCGUAGCUACCUCAUCACGCCGUCUUUGCCAGAAACACCGAUACUGUCACCGACGCGCGAGAACAGUUUGAACACCAUUAGUCCGGAUACGCCGACACUGUCAUAUUCUAUGUCUAACAAGCACUACGUCAAGUUCAACAAUGGGCGUAGCAACACCAUCAUCAGCACCAACUCCAGAACAAGAUUGAUGGUAAACAAUCAGGCGGACGUUUUUGCGAGCACUUACAGACGGAGGACGCACUUCAUGGAUUCUUGUCUACGAGAUUAUCAUCUGAUGUUGAAAGCAGCGGACGCCGAGAUGGAGAACGCAAUUAACCAGAUGCCUCUUAGUAAAUGGGAACAAUGGAGCAACUGGAAACACAUUAAUCCACUCUUCCUGACAUUUCGGCAAUGGAGUUGGGAGAUUCCAUUCCUGCGUGAACCAGACCCUGUUUUCAAGUUUUACAUCGGUUGCUCUGCUUUCGUGCUCAUCUUCAUGGGAUUUAUGUAUCUUGUACCCACGUUUAUGCAGCUCCAAUGGCAUCUGCGCACACUUGUCGGUUAUUUUUCGGUAUUGAUGUUCCUGUUCGCUUUAAUGCCCCUCACAUGGAUGCACUUCAUAUGGAAUCGCUGUAAGGACCCGCAUGAUGAGCACGAAGGACACGUUCCGCAUCCACGAAACAAACUGCUCUAUUUUUUUUAUCAAACAAGUGUAAAGGUUGUAUGGAGUGCCCUUCUGAGGACGAUCUUGUACCUGGUGAUUACGAUAAUGCUAGCAGCAUGCGCCAUGCUUGAUAUGAUUUUUGAAUGUAAAAACCACCAUGAGGACAACUUAUUGGACGCUAAUGUAACGUCUAGCGUGUCGGAGGUCUCCUCCAAGUUUGACUGCAUAGUUACACCUUGGCAAAUGACAGAAACCUGUUCGUUGGCGAUUCUCACGAGUUUUCUUUUCCUAAGAGUUCACUAUAUCUUGAAAUUCGUGAUAAGCAUCUGCGUGGUAGCCUUUUACGCGUGGAACGUUUGGGUGCAUCGAUCUAAUAUAUUUGAGUUGAGCGACACGUGGAAUCCUAACAUGGAGCCGAGACUGGCGCAUAUAUUAUCCGUUUUAUUUCUCACGUUCUCUUUGCAUCUCAUCGACCGUCAGGCAGAAUAUUUAAGCAGGCUGGAUUAUCAGUGGAAACGUCAGUUAACGAAGGAACAAGACGAAGCGUUUCAUACGAGGAAUGCCAAUAAACUUUUACUCCGUAAUAUUUUACCGGAACAUGUCGCGGAGUUUUAUUUAAACAUGAACCGAACUGAAGAGAACGAGCCUUAUCACGAGGCUCAUAACAAUGUUGCCGUGAUGUUUGCCUCUCUGACAGAGCUGUCGAUUCUCGAAAGUAACAUUCUCAGCGACCUGAACGAAAUUAUUUGUGAAUUCGACAAGUUACUCUUCGAACCUAGCUUCAUGUGUCGCAUAGAGAAAAUAAAGGUCGCCGGAACAACAUACAUGGCAGCUUGCGGAUUGGAAGCGCACCGACGCGGUUCAAUGCACAGCACCGAGAGCGAUGAGAAUUGCAGCGACAAUGUGGUCAAGGUAAUGGCGCAAUUCGCCGUACAAAUGAUGUCCGUGCUCGAUAAGAUGAACGCGAGGUCGUUCACUACAUCGAAACCUCACAAAUUAAGAAUCGGUAUUUCUCACGGAGAGGUGACGGCCGGCGUCGUGGGGGCUCAAAAGCCGUUGUAUGAUAUUUGGGGCGAUGCCGUAAACAUGGCGUCCAGGAUGGAUACUACUGGACUGCCAGGAAAAAUACAAGUGACAGCGGAUACGGCUGCCGUCUUGGAGCAACAAGGUGUCAAGUGUCAUUUACGUGGCGAAACGUACGUCAAGCCGAAAGGAGAGGUCACGACGUACUUUGUAGGUAUCGACGAAAAGGGAAUGUUGGAAAGAGUAGACGCGAGGGAAGAGAGUACCAGUUUGUGACAAACGAUGAAUGACAACUUGAAGUAACUUUAGCGAUUGAGCUCUCCCGAUUGAUAAAUCUUCUAAAGCGUGCAGGGUGUAGUUGAAUAGUCGCUUUUAAGUAAAAAUGAUAAGAAACUAUGAUUGAAGAUUAAAAAUAUCAGAAUUUUUCAUUCUUUGAGAUGCACCUCUAUCCAUAUCUGAUCAAGUUUGAUAUAUGAAGUAUUAUUGUGUUCAGGAGGAAACAUUUCUGUAAAACUUGUGGCAUGUAAUGUCCAGUAAUAAUUAUUAGAAAAGACUCAUUUGUGAUCUAUAAUAUCGUAAAUAUAUUAAUAUUUAGUAGUAAAUAAAGAUAGAUUUGUAGAUAAAAUAAAGAUAUUGUAGGAAUGCAGAAGCGACGUACGUUAGCUACACCCUGUCAUGUUUGAGUGAGUACGAGAAAGCGGAGAAACCAAAGAAAGUGAGAGAGACCAAAGAUUGCGGGGCACGAGAUGACAUGAAAUGGUAAUAAAAUAACAUAAGGAGAUAUAUCUCAAAUGAUUUAGGUUGUACGCGAAAACGCGCGAUAAUAGCGUUGUUACUCCCGCGAAUCGAUUGUUAUCGCCGAGUAACACUUCUAAUCAAAAUGAAAGAGACUAUAUAUAUAUUCCGUGUACGCGCAAUUAAAACUACGACAAAGUUUUUGUUAGAGUAUCAUGUUCGAAAGAUAUAUACAGAGAAAGAUAUCCGCAUCGAGCUAUUUUACGUGAUGUAUAAUUGUAAUUAAUUGCUAUUAUUGGAUCGACUCGAUUUCCAUGUAGCACGCGAUUCUAGGAUAUUCCGAUUUGCUCAGAACAUUGAGAAGAAUAUUUUAAGACAUCCAAUGUCACACUAACAACUUUAAGGACGUAGCUAACUAAGAAUAUUUCUGACAGCUGUAUCUCCGUAUAGAAAUCCAAAGAUAUACAAUAUAUUUAAAUGUAAAGUAUAAAAUGACGCGAAGAGAGUUUAUCCUAAUAUAAAAUACUAUAAAUACCUUUAAGAAAUAUUCUAAAAACAUCCGCGUGUAUCCUAAAGAUACCCCCACAUGUACAGUCGUUAAUUUAACGACUAAGUAAUUACACAAUAAUGUUAAUCUUAUCGCAAGUACCUACAUAUUAAAUUAUAAAUCAAAUCUGAACGUCCGAAGAUUCUUAAGGAUAUGUCCGCUGGAUAUUCUUGGGACUAUAUUUUGCUAUAUGUCGAAAGAGUGAUAUUGGAAAAUCGUGCUCGUUGAAUUGAUCUGUUUGGUUAAAAAUAGAAUGAUGAUACAAUUGAAAAACAGGAUUCCCAAAUAGCAAAGCAAUGCUUGCAAAGCGCUAAAAAAAAAAAUGAUUAUAUCCUCUUUUUCAGCGCUUUGUUAACGCUUUGUAGGCGUUGUGUGCUACUUGAGUUUAAUGUCUGUUUCUUUAAUAUGUAUCUACCGGCCACAUAAACGACAUGUUGCGAUAAAAUAUUGUAAGAUGAAAAAAGUAUUUUUUUUUUACUUCGCGAUUAAAGGAAGCGAAAGAAAUUGCGACGAGCUUGAAAUCAAUUCAAGAAUACUAGUUGUCAAUUCAUGAGCGCGCAUCACAAAACUAAUAACGCACGUCUAUUUUUUUUCUUGCGUUUGCGUAUUUUCCUGAAUGUUGCGACUCAUUACUUUACGAUUGCGAUUGCGUGUCGUAAGAUAUAAAGAUUAUGAGGAGGAAAUGCAUUACGACAUAUUUAUUUUUAUAUCAAAUGCAGUAAC